CCUGCUCUACAAUGUUAAUCUGUGACUUUACGAACGGCGUCGUUUUGGUUUUAUUUUGUUGAGUAUUGGAUUUAGUUUUUUCAGAAAAGAAUCCGAUAAAACUAGGUAUUGAUUGAAUUUCAUAAAUUGUGCGACAGCUACAGUUGAUCUACAUGAUUUAAAAUUAUUGAACACUUUAUUAUUUAGUUUUUGUGAGGUUAACUAAGCACGCAGGCAGCACGCACAUCAACAUGGUCCAGGCAACUGAUGAAAUGGAGCAACCAGACAUAGAUCAAGCAAUGAAUCUCCUGAAAGAGAUGAACGGUAAUGUACACCAAGUCAUUCAACUUGUUGAUAAUAUGAUAGUACGUGUAAAAAAUGGUGAACUGUCUACUGACAAAGGCCUUGGAUUCUUAGAAAUGAAAUAUCAGAUGUUAGUUAGCUAUUUAAUAAAUUUAACAUUUAUUGUACUAAGAAAAUGCUCAGGAGAAAGAAUAGAGUCAGAUCCAACUAUUGACCGACUAAUUGAAAUACGCACAGUACUUGAAAAAAUUCGUCCUAUUGACUCCAAAUUGAAGUACCAAAUCGAUAAGCUUGUCAAAUCAGCUGUGGUUGGGGCAUCCACUGAAAAUGACCCACAGGCUUACCGGGCAAAUCCUCAAAAUCUUAUGAGCAAAGUAGACAACAGUGAGGAUGACUCCAGUGAUGCUGCAGAUGCUGAAGAAAUUAAGGAGAAAUCUGCAAAAUCGAAUUUAUAUGUUCCUCCAAAACUAGCAGCCGUUCACUUUGAUGAUGAAACAUCUAAAUCUAACUCUGAGCGAAACAAAGAGAGAUCUAAAAAGCAGUUCUUAAACUCCAGUGUGAUGCGUGAACUCCGUGAGGAAUACUCAGAUGCCCCAAUGGAAGUAACAACAGGGAAUCAUGUUAAACAUUCAAUAUCUAAGCAGGAGCAAGAAAGAACUGAGUAUGAAGAAAAUUACUUGACUAGGCUUCCUGUAACUAAGGCAGAGAAGAAUCGGAGACGGAAGCUGACUACUGUAGGUAUGUUGGCAGAUGAAAUAACUGGCAGCAGAGGCAAAAAUAGUCAAUCAAACAAAAGGAAAACUAAAACAAAGAAGGGCAAGGGAUUCAAAAGAAGGCGUACUAAUUGAUUUACAUAUAUUAUAUUGCACUCCAUUAGAACUGAUUAUCUUAUGGUGACCUGUGUAGUGAUACAUAUUUUUUUUGUUAAUCAAUAUCCUUUGUUCUCUAAACAUGGACAAUAUUUUUGAACUGAAAGUUUCAAUUUAAUCAUUUUAAACAAUACUACUUUUGUAUAUUAUUUUGAAAUGCUAAUAUUAUUUCAUAUAAUGUAAGAGUUUAGGGAACAGGGUAACUAUACUAAUAAAUUCAAUGACUGAGUGCAGUCUUUAAAUGAAUUUUGUAACCCAUACCAAGUACCUCAUUUAAUUGAGUUUCAUCAGAAAACAGUUACCUAAUCAUAAUCAGUAAUCAUCAAAAAAACGUUUCUCAAGCAAAUAGAUUUUAUUAUAUAAUAUAAUGUUAAAAAUAUAUAAAUCUUAUUAAAGUUGUAUAACUCGCAAAUCUGGCAUACCUCAAUUCACUUUCUAAUUUGUACAAAAUAGAAUUAACAAGAAACAAGUGUAGUUAUAGAUUCUAGUAUGAAUAUGGAUGCAGUU